AUGAGCUCAAUCGCCUCUCUCGCCACUCUCAACGCCCGAGUCCUCACCAUCAUGGCCACCCGCUCGCAGGACCAGCAUCUCGUUGCGCAGGUCGCAGCCGAGCAUGGCGUUUCCGACUCAGACUCGCCGCUGAACUAUGAAGAUGGCUCCAGUUCAGACUCGACUGCUGCUGAUCCAACUAGUAAAAGGACAUGCAAAGUCGUGCCGGCGUUUGGUUGGCAUCCCUGGUUCUCAUACCAGCUCUACGACGACACCGCCUCCAAUUCAAAUUCAGAGGAUACAUCUACAGAAGACGCCUUCAAGAUUGCUCACUACAAAGCCGUCCUCUCACCCACCCCCAAAGACCCAUCCUUCCUCUCCUCCCUCCCCCCUCCAACCCCCUUAUCCUCAUUCAUCGCAUCCACCCGCAAACACCUCACGUCUUUCCCCCACGCCCUCGUCGGCGAAAUAGGCCUCGACAAGGGCUUCCGUCUCCCGCAGCAAUGGCUCCCCGACGACGCCUCUUCCCGCGACGAGGGUCUCACCCCCGGUGGCCGCGAGGGCCGCCUCCUCAGCCCGUACCGCGUGCAGAUGCAGCACCAGCAGGCCGUUUUGCAGGCGCAGCUACGGCUUGCGGGUGACGAGGGGAGGGCAGUCAGCGUGCAUGGCGUACAGGCUCACGGCGUUCUGUAUGACACAAUAGCAGCGUGUUGGAAGGGCCACGAGAGGAAGAUCCUUUCCCGGAGGGAGAAGAAGAGGAUCGCCCCGGGGGCCGAAGAAAGCAGCUCCUCUGACGAUGAUGACGACAAUGAAAAUGAGCCUAAGAAAAAGAAGAAGACGGCAGCGCGCGGCAAACCCUUCCCACCACGAAUAUGCCUCCACUCUUACAGUGGCAGUGCCGAUACCCUCAAGCAGUGGUUCCAUCCCACAGUACCCUCCCAAAUUUUUAUCUCCUUCUCCACGGCCGUCAAUCUAGGCACUGACGGCGGCAGGUCAAAGCUCGAGGCUGUCGUGCGUGCCGUGCCGGACGACAGGAUCCUCGUCGAGAGUGACUUGCACAUGGCGGGCGAGGAGGCCGAGGCGAUGCUCGAGGACAUGUAUUGGCUGGUGUGUGAGAUUAAGGGAUGGGAUCUGGAGCGAGGGGUUAGGACAAUAGGGAAGAACUUUCAAGAAUUUAUAUAUGGAUAA